AUGCUGCCCCCGAUUCCCAGUCUCAAUGACUACGGUCUCUCGAACACGCAUGGUUUUCUUCCGAGCGAGCUUCCGCUAGCACGACUCCCCGACCCCUACUACAACAAGUGGGAAGCCAUCGCCGCAAAUCUGUCAGCAUUGAUUCUCAGCCGCCGACUUCGCGGUGUCAUCGAUCGGCUACCUGUGCUUGCAACUAUCGGCCUCGAGCACGAUGCGGAGUGGCGCCGCGCAUACUCGAUUCUUUGCUUCAUGGUCCAUGGCUAUAUUUGGGCCGGUGAUUCGCCCUUGGAUCGCAUUCCGCCGCAGAUUUCUAUCCCACUUCUUACAAUAUCUCACCGUCUCGAGAUCCUUCCAGUUGCCACAUAUGCUGCUGUCUGUCUCUGGAACUUCAAACCGUUAUUCAUGAACGAGAAUAUUGAUAAUUUGGAAAAUUUGGCCAGCCUCAAUACUUUCACGGGCUCCAUGGACGAAUCCUGGUUUUACUUGGUUUCAGUUGCCAUCGAGGCUCGCGGUGCGCCUGUGCUUGAUCUGGGGAUUACCGCAAUGGAGGCAGCCAGACGCAAUGACAGUGCCCUGGUUACGAACUGCCUGUGCGCAUUCGCUGAACGCCUGACCGAUCUCACAAGUCUUCUUCAGCGUAUGCAUGAGAGCUGCGAUCCCGCAGUGUUUUAUCAUCGGAUACGCCCAUAUCUUGCGGGCAGUAAGAACAUGGGUGAGGCAGGCCUGCCUCAUGGUGUCGUAUAUGAAGACGGCUCCGGCGUCGAAGUGUACCGACAAUACAGUGGAGGCAGCAAUGCUCAGAGUAGUUUGAUCCAAUUCUUUGAUAUUGUCCUCGGCAUCAAGCACCUCCCUACCGGGCAGUCAGCAACGACCCACGAAGCCAUGGCGAAGCGAAACAACUUCAUACAAGACAUGAGAGGCUAUAUGCCGGCACGCCAUGCAAAGUUUCUCAAUGACUGCGAGGAUGUGGCCAAUAUCCGUUCCUAUGUUGAAAGCAAUACUGGCGAUGACAGGUUGUGCCUUGCAUAUGAUGCGUGCCUUGCUAUGCUCAGCGCAUUCCGCGACAAGCACAUUGCUAUUGUCACUAGAUACAUCAUAAACCCAUCGCGAGAAGUUCGGGCGCGCAGCCGCAGCCCCGAGGCGGCGCGUGGCCGCAAUAACAUCGCUGUCGCGUCGCGGAAAGAAGACAGCAAAUUGCAAAAGGGAACUGGCGGGACUGCUCUCAUUCCUUUUCUCAAGCAGGCUAGAGAUGAGACCGGUGCUCCAGCAAUAGCAGAGUGGACAAGGCAAUUUAUGAAGCACCAAGUGAGAACCUCUGAUCAAAGCGAUCUAUUUGCAACGAAGCGAGAUGAAUUGGUGAUGCCAAGGGCAGAUGAGGUUUCUGUCAGCGGACUGGCGGAAACAUGGACGAUGGAAGAUGAGAUGGGAGGAAUUUGCCAAUUUUGA